AUGGAAUUUGUCUUGAAAAUUGACAGUGUGGAGGAGUGGUGGGAACGCUUGGAAGACUUCCGUGUUUCGGAAAAAGUUGGAUUUUUGGUUGAAAAUCCAUUGGAGCACUUGCCGGAAUAUUUCCGCCCUUGGGAAAUUCUCGGAAAGAAAGCUGCGAAGUUGACAGGCACAGGAGAACUGAAAGACGAAGCUGAAAAGUUACCAUAUCUGGACUACAAUCGUCUGAAGAGUUAUGAAGAGUAUUGUUUAGCCCACAGCCUGUUGUCUACAAUUGCACACUGUUAUGUUUGGCAGGACAGAGAUAAGGGCGUGGUACCUGAGGUUCUUCCGAGGGCUGUCGCUGUACCAUGGUACCACGUGUCCCAGUACCUAGGACUUAAUCCUGUCUACUGCUACUUGGCCUGCAUUCUUGCUAACUGGAGGAAGGAAUCGGAAGACAGCUGCGACAUUGAACUCAUUUGCUGUGCACCCGGCAGUCCUAACACCGACUGGUUUUUCAUAGUUACAAUUCAAAUCGAAAUUGACUUUGGCAAGGGAGUCAAGGACAUAAUUAGGGUGUAUCAGUCUCUGACGAUAGGUGAUGACGACGGUUUGAUAGAAGGUUUGCAAGGGAUGGCUGACACCAUUCAGAGGAUGCAACAAACACUGGCCAGAAUGCACGAAGCAGAGCAAUAUCUCAGAAAAAUAAGAGAAUACAUGCCUGUCAACCACAGAGAGUUUCUGAACGCCAUAGAAAACGGACCUUCUCUCAGAAAUCACGUGAGACUCUCUCGCGAAGAUGGUGUACGGAAAGCAUACAACAAAUGCAUCCAAGCACUUACUGAAUUUCGAUCAUACCACUUUGCGACUAUUGUUAAAUAUAUUUUGCUGCAGUCGUACAAGAAAAAUGGAGAGUCAAGUAAUAUCACGGAGGCCCAAGGGGCAGGCGGGACAUAUUUGAUCGCCUUCCUCAAAUCGACUCGAGACCAGACAGCCAGAUGUAUCCUUGGCGACAGCGACACAGGACACGUGACAUGGCAGGCAGACGACAGGGCUUUAGUAGGCCUGAAAAUGGAAGAACGUUCAUCUCUUCUGCACCCAGGGACCAACCGCAUCGUCAAAUCAAAAUCAGAUUAA